AUGGCCUUCGGCAGGUCAAACUCGCUCAGUUUGAACACUGGUGCUGCUAACUCUCUCUUGUACCCCGCCUCUACUGGCCUAUUUGGCGCCGCUCCAGCAGCCGCCUCUCAACCACAGCAAUCCGGCGGUCUCUUCGGCGCUUCAACAGCAACAUCACAACCACAACAAUCCACUGGCCUCUUCGGCGCUGCUCCUGCUGCUGCUCAACCUGCUAAGCCCACCCUCAGUCUGUUCGGGAACAAUACAGCCACUACUUCAAACACACAACCCCAACAAUCUGGUGGUCUCUUUGGCGCUGCAACAAACAAUAACAACACAACAAAUACCGGAGGCAUGUUUGGAAGCACCCAACAGAACUCCGCCCAAACCCAGAACAAGCCUAGUUUGUUCGGUGCGCCAAAUGCCACUCCAAGUCUCUUACCUAUGGCAGGCAGUCUGACCAUGGGUCAAGGCAACACCCAACCCACCACACAACCCGGUGUCAAGAUUGACAUGUCAAACCUGCGCCCAACCACCCGCUUCAGCGAUCUACACGAUGACCUCAAGAAACAAAUCGAACAAAUCGAUGCCUUCAUCAGACAACAAGAAUCCUUCGCUACUCAAUGUGAGAGUAUGAUUGGCCGUCAUGCUACCGACGUUGAGAGCAUCAAACCAGAUGUCGACCUUAUUCAGAACAAGAUUGAGACAGUCGAGCUUGCUCUCGAGAACGACGGCGCUGCUAUCGAGAAUGCAAAGGAGUUGGUUCAAAGAGACGCUGGUGACCUCAUCAGAGUCGCUCGCAUGGCCGAGAACUUGCAACUUCCUCAACAAUACCACUAUGGAAGAAGCAGCAGACCUUCAACGACUGAUGAUGAAUACGACACUGAUCUUGUUGGCUACUUCAGCAAGCAAGCCGAAGUCAUGCAAAAGACCCUCGACACAUACACCUCUCACCUCGCAGAAAUCGAAGCACACCUUCGCGUGGUCGAAGGAAGCACAGUCCAGCAAGCACAUCAACUGGCCGCUCAACGAGCAGGUGGUCGCGCCGGAAACAGUGCAGACAAUGUCCGAGAGCUGGCAGAAACUCUCCGCGGUUUCGAGAGUGGUAUCUUGGGCGCCGCAGGUCUGGUCGGUUCCUGCAGGGAGGGUGUGAACGAGUUGAUACUUGGCAAGAUCGGUGGUGAUCCUCGCGAAAGUAUUGGAUAUGGCGGUAGAAGAUCUGUCAGAUUUUAA